UUGUCGCGGUGCGGUGCCUGGGCCGCAGCCUCCAGCGGGCUCCUUCUUUCUGUGGUGGGGGCAUUUCUCACCCUGCCGGAGGCCCCGCCUGCCCGUGCCUGUGGUCCUCAGGCCAGGCCCUUGCUGCACCCCAUCUGGAACCUGGGCGUCGGGGAGGUCUUUUCCUCAGUUCAGCACCCGUCCUCUGCCCUGACCCUAAGACCCUAAGGCACCUGUGUGCUACCCUAGGCCGUGCCCAAGGCAAGCCCAACUGUGGGCUCGGCAAGGACACCCUGCCACUGGGCUGGACGCAGGCCCGUAUGAUGCCCAGGGGCAAGCUGUCCUGAGACACCAGUGAAGCCACCUGCCUGUCCCACACGCCUGCCCAGACGCCAGUACCACCACCAUGGAGUCCAGGGCAAAGUCAGCCAGCAGCCCCAAGCCAGACACCAAGGUGCCUCAGGCCACCGCUGAGGCCAAGGCCACCCCGGCUGCCGAUGGAAAAGCCCCCUUGACCAAAGCUGGGAAAAAGGAGGCCCAAGCAGAGAAGCAGGAGCAGCCAGCAGCGACUCCCUCUGCCAAGAAGACCACAGCCAAGGCUGACCCUGCCCUUCUCAACAACCACAGCAACCUGAAGCCGGCCCCCUCAGCUCCUGCUGUCCCCAGCAGUCCCGAUGCAACCCCAGAGCCCAAGGGUCCUGGGGAUGGAGCGGAGGAGGACGAGUCCACCACCAGGGGCCCAGGGGGCCAAGGUCCUUGGCCCUGCGAGAACUUGACGCCUCUGUUGGUUGCUGGGGGUGUGGCUGUGGCAGCAGUGGCCCUGAUCCUUGGUGUGGCCUUCCUAGCCCGGAAAAAAUGAUUCCUGGAUGAUUGGUGUCCAGGGGGGCACAGAGCCACUUCCUGUACAGAUGUGGGAGCUAGUGCAUGCAAAUCUACAGUACUUAUCUAUAUCUACACACAUACAUCAUAUACAUAUACAUGUACAUGCCCCCCCCCCCAUGUACACAGCGGGAGAGACUGACAGUGAGCUACCUCUGCUCACCCCAGCAUAGUCCCUGCCAGGCUCCAAGGAGCCUGGGCUCUGGGCUGACAGGGCAGGGCAGAGGGCCCAGCUGGGCAGGCAGGCAGCAGGGAUAGCAAGGGAGGACAGGACAGGUCCUGUGUGUGGCUACCUGGUCUCCGAAGGACCAGUGUCAGGGUGGGCAGUAGGUUCAUAUCCCCAAUCCUCUGGGCCUGAUACGGGGGACUGCCCUGAGGUGAGUGGCCCAUGUGCAGCACUGCCUCCACCAGUUGCGUGUGCUGUGACAGGGGCGAAGAUGGUGUGGGGGCUGGUCUUAGCAGGGGCUCCUGGAAGCUCCCCUUCUCCAGCUUGUGCCCCAGCAGAGCCCAUGUGACGAGGGCCACGGCCAUGCUGCACUCGCUGGGGAAUGCUGAAAGCCAGGGGUCCAAGGAGGGUCUCCCCUCCCAGCUGUGCCUGCCAGUGCCCCCAGCAAAGCGUCCCCCCUGCCUGCACCCAGCAUCCCCAUCUAACAAGCGUAUAAAUGCAAUAACACAGGUAGAGUAGAACUGCUUGGUGGGUGGCAGUCACCCACUGCCCACUGCCUGCAGGGAGACCGCUGCACAGUCCUCCGCACACCUGGCGCUGGCCUGCCCCUGGUAUGGUGGCAGCAGGCAGGCUUCCCAAAGUGGUGGUAGCCACUGCAGGAAUAGUGUCCUCACCUGUCUAGCACCACAGGAACUCUGGGCCUGGGCGGAGUCUGAGUCUGAAAUAAACUCUGUUGUCUAAA